AUGUUAAACAUGAAUUCUUUACCUUAUGAAAUAGUCAUACGUUGCUUUCCUUACUUGAGCACAGAAGUACUCACCAACAUAAUACUAUUGGAGAACAUUCCUGAUAUCAUACUUGAAGCAGCAGCUAACAAUCUCAAUUAUUUAUGGUAUGCAAAGCGAAUUCGAGGGAUUUAUGGAGAUGUAAUUGGAGGUAUUGAAGACCACUAUGAAACCGAUUUCGACAGGUUUCUACACAUACACAAAACUCUUGAAAAAAAAUCCUUCAAAUGUCCUCUUAGAUUCCAUUAUACAUGGGAGAACAUCUUUGAAAUGCAACAAAAUCUCGAUGAGAUAAAUUUGGCUUAUAGCGGACAAAAGCUAUGUGUCCAUGUCGACCUCAUAGGCCAGGCGUUACAAAUCUGUCCUACUUUUUCAGACCAUGAUAUUAAUCUCAAGAUCACUUCCCUUUCAUUGAAAACGUUUUUUAGUCAUUUUGAAUGUUCUAUCGAUUUGAAUAAGUUUCCAAACUUGGAGACUUUUUAUGGGUCUAGGUGCAAAAUGUGGGUUUACCGGGAUCACCCCAGCUUGAAGAACCUAUAUCUCAACAAGGUGACCUUCAGCUCAUUACCGACUAAUUUGAAAAAGUUAGUAGCAAAAUGGUGCAAAAUAAGGAUGAACGAGAACCAUCCAAAACUAGAAGCUCUCAGGGUGUUGGAUCUUAAUUGCAAAGAAGAACCUUUCAACUACUCCUCGCUAAUGAGAAUACUCUGGAACAAAGAUUUGGAACAUUUUUCGUUUAUCGGUCAAGGCGUAACGGAUGAGGAUGAAAUUUUCUCCAUGCUAGGCCCCAAAGUAACAAGUUUUGGAUUUUCUGGCUCAUCAUUUUCUAGGAUUCCUACGCUGAUACGCUCAUUAAACUGCAAUGGUAAUGUUCUCUUCCAUAAUCGUAUCGGCCUGCAAGAUUUGUCCGCUUUUACUCAUAUGACUUCCCUUACAUUUGAUGUGCAGCAAGGCUCUAUUGACGGCUUACAACUUCCACCAAACUUGCUUAAACUUUCGAUUGCGUAUGCUGAAUUUGAAGAUUUGGCCAAAGUUGAAUUCCCUCCCACGAUAGUUGACCUCGAGUUAAGGCAUUGUCAAAUUGAGCUGACUGCCGGCUGGCUAAAACCAGCCCGAUUGAAGCGACUUUCACUUCAAUAUAAUAAGCUUUCAUCUUUCAAUGCCAUUCUUCCUUGCUGUGAAUUCUUGAGCUUGAGAAGCAAUUCUCUAAUGGAGUUGAGAUUGAAGCUCCCGUUCUUGAGCAUAUCGACUUGA